UUGUCUCUACUCCACAGACCGCUGACCUCCCAUUUCCUAUUUCCUAUUUCCCAUUGCCCCAUUUCUCCUUCUCUCUUCUCACUUGCCUUCUCUCUUGCUCUCAGUUCUCAGUUAUCAUUUCUCACUCAAUUCGCAAUCGCAUUCAUCAUGGGUCAACAACCUUCUACCCCCAAAAUCACCGCCCAGGACCGCGCCAUCUUCCAGAUGAAGCAGCAGCGGGACAAGCUCAAACAGUACCAGAAGCGCUUGAACGUGGUGGUGCUUCGACAAACAAACCUUGCCAAAGAAGCUCUCAGCAAAGGAGACAAGGAACGAGCCCUCUUCUACUUGAGAUCAAAGAAACAGCAACAGUCGGUGAUCUCCAAGACCUACGAGCAACUAGACAACCUCGAGAAUCUUAUAGGCACCAUUGAGUUCAAGCUCAUCGAGAAGGACGUGGUGUAUGGGUUAACUCAAGGAAACCAGGUGUUGCAGAAGCUCAACACCGAAAUGAGCGUCGAUAAGAUAGACAAGUUGAUGGACGAGGUGGAGGACGAAAGGUUGAAGGUCGACGAGGUAUCGGAAAUUUUGGGCACGAAGAAUGCCUUGAGCAACAGCGAGGAAUUGGAGGUGGAUGAGGAGUUUGAACGGAUGGAUAGGGAGAUCAAUGGUACCGUCCAAUUGCCCGAUGUUGCCAACGACACACAUAAAGUCAGCUUCCCAGAGACACCGAGCACCGAGCUUGAACCCGAAGAAGCACAGAAAGAGGAACAACAAAACACACCCAAUGAGCCGCUUGUAGCAUAGUACGAGGCUUUGCAUUCAGUUGACAGUUUGUGCAUUCAGUACCAGGAGAGUUUGGGUGUUGUACAGUAGAUCUUAAUAUAUACAAGAGAUAUUAGCGUGCAAUAAAUCACAAUAUAUACAAGAGUAUUAGCCAAACAUCACUCCAACCAGUCCAAAAAGUCCGGGGUAAAAUACGAGAUAAUCAUCCUCGCCCCAGCCCUCACAAGCCCAUAGUGGCUUUCAAACGCAAUGGCCCGCAAGUCCACCACCCCCUUUUCCGCCGCCGCGUGCAACAUGGCGUACUCUCCACUCACGUGAUACGCACACACCGGGUAGUCCUUGCAGAUUUCAGCCGCAUCUUUCAACACAUCCAUGUAGAAUGUCGAAGGUUUCACAAUCACCGCAUCGGUUCCUUCCUCCAUAUCUCUUCUCAACGCACGACGAGCUAAGCCGGACCCUCCCACCGGUAACUGGUAGCUUCUACGGUCUCCAUGCGAAGGCGCACUUCCAACUGUAUCUCUGAAAGGACCAUACAAACUCCCGGCAAACUUUGCCGAAUACGACAUCAACAUGCACUUGUGGGCCA